CCAACUGUCUUCUUCUUAUAGAAUAUAGACUGAACUAAAUCCCCAAAGGCUCCCCCACCCUCAACCCCAAAGAAAACAGAGCAAAACAGAGUAGUAAAGAAGAAGAAGAAGAAAGAAAGAAAAGGAGAAUCCGGAUCGAUGAGAACGAGUAACCACCUAAUCGGGCUGCUGAACUUCAUAACCUUCCUGCUAUCGAUCCCGAUCCUCGGCGGAGGGAUAUGGCUGAGCACGCGGGCCAACACGACGGACUGCCUGCGCUUCCUGCAGUGGCCGCUCAUUGUGAUCGGGGUGGCCAUCAUGGUCCUGUCCCUGGCGGGGUUCGCCGGGGCGUGCUACCGCAACUCUGUCCUCAUGUGGCUCUACCUCUUCUGCAUGUUCUUCGUCAUCGCUGCCCUCCUCGGCUUCAUCGUCUUCGCCUAUGCCGUCACCGACAAGGGGGCCGGCCGCCCCGUCCUCAACCGCGCGUACCUCGACUACUACCUCCAGGACUAUUCGGGGUGGUUGGAGGACCGGGUGGCAAGCCCUAGCUACUGGGGGAAAAUCAGCGCCUGCAUCAGAGACUCGAAGGUGUGCCGGAAGAUGGGCGUCACGGUUAACGGCGUCCCGGAGACCCCCGACAUGUUCUACCUGCGCAAGCUCAGCCCGGUUCAGAGUGGGUGUUGUAAGCCUCCGACCGACUGCGGCUAUGUGUACCAGAACGAGACGGUGUGGACCCAGGGAGGGGGCCUGGGCGGGAUGAACCCUGACUGCAGCCUGUGGAGCAACGACCAGGAGCAGCUCUGCUACUCCUGCAACUCGUGCAAGGCCGGGGUGCUGGCCAGCCUGAGGAGGAGCUGGAGGAAGGUCUCUGUCGUCAACAUCAUCAUCCUCAUUCUCCUCGUCAUCUCCUACGUGGUCGCCUGUGCUGCCUUCAGGAACAACCGCCGGAUCGACAACGACGAGCCCUACGGCUCGGCUAGGAUGACCAAGUCGCAGCCCGCCAGGCUCCAGUUCUAGUUGCUGCCAGGAUAUCGUGUUAUGAGAAUUAAAUUAUAGCUUUGAAAGCACUUGUUUUAGGAUACUGUAAACCGUCCUAGGCUCUGCGAGAUAUGUGGUAGUGACAACUUGAACAACUGAAAUUUUUCUUUGUUUCUUUCGACAUUGCGUGUUGUAUAUUUUGGUUUUGCGACCAUAGAGGUCAGGUCCUUAAUUUUACAAUGGCAGUAUUGAUUAAUCCUCAA